UACAAAUAUGUUAAAUUCGUCGACGAACCUUUAUUAUCGGAGUUUGAGGGAGAAAAGACCUGUUUUGACAUCAGGGUGUUCAACGAUAUUGCCUGUCUUCAUCUGCACUGGCUGCUCGACAGAGAUAUUUGACAGAUAUGUGCUUAAGGUGAAUGGAUUAACUUGGCAUCUGAGGUGUUUGCAGUGCUCUGUGUGCGCAGUGUCUUUGGGUCACCAGAACAGCUGCUUCAUCCGAAAUAAAGAGAUUUUCUGCAGAACUGAUUAUAACAGUACUUUUGGCAUAAAAUGUGCUCGAUGUGGCCAUCAAGUCAGUGCAAAUGACUGGAUUCGGAGGGCUGGAAAUGACAUCUACCACCUCGCCUGCUUUGCUUGCUUCUUCUGCAAAAGACAGCUUUCUACAGGCGAAGAGUUCGGCUUGAUGGAGAACCAGGUUCUCUGUCGCGUUCACUACGACAUUACACUGCUAAACCUGCAGCAACUGUCAGACAACGGAAAUCUAAUACAUUUGGAUGGAGCUCUACCCAUUCAGUAUCUCCCAAAGGCGUCUAAAAGACCUCGUACUUCAUUCACCUCAGAGCAGAUACAGAUUAUGCAGACGCACUUCAUCCGAGACAAGAACCCUGAUGCUGCGACUCUGCAGAGGCUGGCAGACACAACCGGACUGAGCCGAAGAGUCAUUCAGGUUUGGUUCCAGAACUGCAGAGCCAGACAGAAGAGGAUCCCCCUUCAUGACAGCAUUCCCGAACGGGACAGAUAUCAGACCUCUGCAAUGCCCUUUCUGUCCGAUUUAAGCAGUACUUCAUGCUCUCAGGUAGAUCUGAGUCUGUCCAUGAUUUCAGCAUCUGAUCCUAUACAUUAUUAUGUAUAAUUAUUAUUGAUAG